AGAGCUCGCAACUAAGUGUAUAGUGCUCUGCUUUUUGUCAUUUGUUUGUUUCUUCGAAUGAGUUUCAGCGAAACCAGAUUCACUUUCAACUACAGUAACCAGCGGGAUAUUUGAAAACACACAGUAUGGCAUUUUGCUCGCACACAAGCUAGCCAAUUCUUCCUCUCCGUAUAACUUACUUUUCGUUGAUACCCCGUUUAAACGCUGUUGCUCUUGUAUUGUUAUUUUAUUUUGUUUUCCUUUUUACGUUUCGCUCUUCUUCUUACUGGAGACUCCAUAGAGAUAUACUACCAAAUCAUCGCUGUAUCUGAUUCGCUGUCUCUCCUUUAAUCGUAACCUGUGACAAACAUCAAAAGAUACUUGUUCAGAAUAAAGUGGGAUUAGAAUUAUUCUGUAAGGCGUAGCCACUGUUGCCAUUCACCUCUCUUUAACACUCGCCGACUCUAACUACCUUUUUUUUCAAGCUCCUCUGCAGCACGUUGAUUAGAAGAAAAACGAUCAUUAACUUCCCUACUUGCCUUGUACAGCAGCGUGUUUUCUUUUUUGUUGUUGUUGUUUGCUUUUGCCCUUCACUUCCUUCCUUCCUUUCACAUUGUUCUUUCUUUUCGAUACGUAGAAGAACAAGAGAAACAUCCAACAUAAAUACAGAUGUUUUCUAUUCGUCGUUUUGCGGCCGCAGCCAGUGCGGGAUGCACUGCGUCCUCGCAGCUGCGUGUUGCCGCCAUGUCCGCCGUGGGCAGCAGCUUGGGCAGCCGGCAGUGCCUGAGUAGUGGCACGUCCGCGAUCUCCAUUCAGCGACGCCGCACUGGUACCGACUCGAUCACCAGCGCGUCCGUCGUCAUCGUGGACCCAGAGCUGGAGGCCCGCGAGCGUGACCGCCUCGCGCGCGGUCUUCUCAGUUCGAACUUUCCGGAGCAAAACGUCAACCAGCGCUCUGUCCUGCUGUACCGCGAUGUGGUGCACACGGUGCCCUACUCCCUCAGCAUCGCCGUGGACAGCGUACACUCGCACCCGAACGUGGAGGAGGUGGUCCACGGCAUCCUGGACGAGUGUUUUGAGAUGGUCGACCGCAACCUCAACUCCUUCAACCCCGAGAGCGAGGUAUCGCAGGUGAACCAGCUACCCGUGUUUGUGAAGCACAAGAUGUCGCCGCACCUCCUCGCCGUCAUGAAAUGCUGCAAUGAGGUGUACGGCACGAGCGGCAGCUGCUUUGACCCUGCGGUCGCCCCACUCGUGCGCAAGCUGCGCGACGCAGCCGUCAACUCGACGGCGACGGAGGCCGACUUCGUCAUCUCAAAAGAAGAGGCAGGGAAGUACACGUUGCCGAACAGCUUCGCGAUCGACUUGAAAGCAAACACGAUUGCCCGCAAGCACGAAGGCGCCGCGUUGGACCUGGGUGGCGUCAACAAGGGCUACACCGUUGAUUGCGUGGUGGAGAAGCUCAACGCGGCCGGCUUUGCCGAUGUUCUCUUUGAGUGGGGUGGGGACUGCCGCGCCUCGGGGGUGAAUGUGCAGCGCCUGCCGUGGGCCGUCGGCGUGGUGCGCCCGCCCAGCGUCGACGAGGUGAACACCGCCGCCAGGGCGGGCCAGACCACGACCGGCAAGUCGCACAGCCUCGGCGAGAACACGAGUGGGAUGGUGCCGCCUGGCGGCGACGCCGCCGACUCGACGUUGUUGCGUGUGAUGACGCUCAACGACGAAGCCAUCUGCACGAGCGGCGACUACGAGAGCAUCCUCUUCGCCAAGCCGUUGGAGUCUGCCGUCUCCAGCACCUACGACUGGCAGACUCGUUCCCUCAUCACGCCCAGCCAGCACGCCCUCUCGCAGGUGAGCGUCAAAUGUUACUCCUGCAUGUACGCCGAUGCCCUGGCGACGGCGUGCUUUGUGAAGCGCGACCCGGUGCGCGUGCGGUUCAUGCUCGAGAACUACCGCCGCGACUUCAACCGUGUGACCGACUACGCCGCCUACACGCGGGAGGGGGAGCGGCUGGCCCACAUGUACGAGAUCGCCUGUGAGAGCCGUGCCCUUCGCGACGAACGCAUUGCCGGCUCUCUGCCUGCGCGCGUCGUUGUCAUUGGCGGUGGUCUCGCGGGGUGUGCGGCCGCCAUCGAGGCGGUGGACUGCGGUGCCACCGUCGUCUUGAUUGAGAAGGAGCCCCGGCUGGGCGGCAACAGUGCCAAGGCCACCUCGGGCAUCAACGGUUGGGGAACACGCACGCAGGCUGUGAACCACGUGCUGGACAACUGCAAGCUCUUCGAGCGCGACACCUUCCUCUCCGGCAAGGGCGGCUACUGCGACCCGGGCCUGGUGCGCACCCUGUCCGUCAAAUCAUCCGAUGCGAUCAGCUGGUUGGAGUCGUUCGGCAUCCCCUUGACGAUGCUCUACCAACUGGGCGGUGCAAGCCGCAAGCGCUGCCACCGCGCACCGGAUCAGAAGGACGGCACACCCGUGCCGAUCGGCUUCACUAUUAUGAAGACGCUCGAUGAUCACAUUCGCGCCAAACUGCACGGCCGCAUCACCGUCUUGAACGAAACCGCCGUGACGUCUCUCAUUCACGAGACGACCACCAUGCCAGACGGCAGUCACGAGAUUCGCGUGAGUGGCGUCCGCUACACGUCGCUGACCGACCCGAUGAAGACGGAGAUGCAGCUGCCGGCGGAUGCGGUGGUGUUGGCUACCGGUGGCUUCUCCAACGACCAGACAAACACCUCUCUCCUCCGCGAGUACGCGCCGCAGCUCUUUGGUGUGCCAACGACGAACGGCACCUUUGCUACGGGUGAUGGUGUCAAGAUGGCGCGCGCACUCGGGGCCACGCUCGUGGACAUGGACAAGGUGCAGCUCCACCCCACCGGUCUGAUCAACCCGAAGGACCCGGCGAACAAGACGAAGUAUCUCGGCCCCGAGGCGCUGCGCGGGUCGGGCGGCAUUCUGCUCAACGGCCAAGGUGAGCGCUUCGUGAACGAGCUGGACCUGCGCUCCGUCGUGUCGCAGGCGAUCAUUGCCCAGGACAACGUCUACCCCGACUCUGGCGGCAGCAGGUUCGCCUACUGUGUUCUGAGCGAAGAAGCGGCCAACCUCUUCGGCAUCAACGGACUCACCUACUACUGGAAGUCGAUGGGUCUCUUCACCCGCGUGGACGACAUGAAGGCCCUGGCGGAGCUCAUUGGGUGUCCGCUGGAGCAGGUGCGCAACUCGCUCGAGACGUACGAGACGCUGAGCACCGAGAAGCGACCGUGCCCGCUGACCGGUAAGAUUGUGUACCCAAGUGUGGUGGGCAUGAAGGGUCCGUACUACGUCGCCUACGUGACGCCGUCGAUCCACUACACGAUGGGCGGCUGUUCGAUUUCGCCUGCCGCGGAGGUGCUGAUGGAGCACAACACCGUGAACAUCUUUGAGCACCAGCGCCCCAUUCUCGGCCUCUUCGGUGCGGGCGAGGUGACCGGCGGCGUGCACGGGUGCAACCGCCUCGGCGGCAACUCGCUGCUGGAGUGUGUCGUCUUCGGCAAGAUCGCCGGCGACCGUGCGGCCACCAUCCUGCGCAAGGAGAAGCACGCCCUCAGCAAGGACAAAUGGGUGCCGGUGGUGGUGCGGGAGAGCAGGGCCGGUGACCAGUUUGGCGUGGGGUCGCGUGUGCUGCGCUUCAACCUGCCCGGAUCGGCGCAGACGUCCGGUCUGGCGGUUGGCGAGUUUAUCGGUAUCCGCGGCGAGUGGGAUGGUCAGCAGCUGAUCGGCUACUACAGCCCUAUCAACAUGCCCGACGACCGUGGCCGCAUUUCGAUCCUUGCCCGCGGUGACAAGGGCAACCUGCAGGAGUGGAUCUCGUCUAUGCGGCCGGGUGACUCGGUGGAGAUGAAGGCCUGCGGUGGCCUGCACAUCGACCUCCGCCCGCAGCAGAAGCAGAUGCUCUACCGCAAAAGCGUCGUGCGAAAGUUCGCCCUCAUCGCUGGUGGGUCCGGUGUGGCCCCAAUGCUGCAGAUUAUCAAGGCCGCGCUUUCUCGCCCCUACGUGGACAACGUCGAGACAAUUCGCCUCAUUUACGCCGCGGAGGACGAGUACGAGCUGACCUACCGCGAGCUGCUAGCGCGCUACCGCAAGGAUAACCCGGACAAGUUCAACGUCGGCUUCGUGCUGAACAACCCACCAGAGGGCUGGACGGAGGGCGUCGGGUACGUGGACCGCGGCUCGCUGCAGCGUCUCAUGCCGCCGCCGUCCAAGGACUUGCUGGUGGCGAUCUGCGGCCCGCCGGUGAUGCAGCGCUCUGUUGUUGCCGACCUGUUGGCUUUGGGGUACAGCUCGAAGCUGGUGCGCACUAUUGACGAGGACCGGACUUUCUAA